GAGGAGAAAUCAAGACUGCCAUUUUUGAUACUGCUCUGAAAAGCAUGUCUUCAUAAAUUGUGAAAAAAAUGUUCACUUCUAUGAAGAUUUCAAAGUUGAGAGAUACUUGGGGCCCAGGACCACUGCUUUGAAAUACAUGCACAUUUCCAUCCUUAAUGUCUGUGUAGGCGUUUAUAAAAAUGCAAGGAACCUGUUUAUCAUUUCGCCAUCCAUCUCGUAUGUAUUUAGUGCAGUUUUGGGCGUCAAUAUGUCCUUAGAUGUACAUACUACUAUACUCAUAAACCAUUUAUUUUUAUUCAUUUCUCUGUGUUCUGUGUGUUAACGUAUUUGUAAAUGUACCUUUUUGUGUGUGAAUAUGUGCGUUUUUGUGUAUUUCUAUGUGACAGACCGAGUUCACACCGGACCAGAUUGAGGACUUCAAGGAGGCUUUUGGUCUCUUCGACAGAAUUGGUGACAGCCAGGUGGCCUACAACCAGGUGGCCGACAUCAUGCGCGCUCUGGGCCAGAACCCCACCAACAAGGACGUUAAAAAAAUUCUGGGCAACCCAUCUGCUGAGGACAUGGCCAACAAGAGACUCAACUUCGAAGCUUUCCUGCCCAUGCUGAAGCAGGUUGAAACCCUCCCAAAGGGUACCUACGACGACUACGUUGAGGGUCUGCGCGUCUUCGACAAGGAGAGCAACGGCACAGUCAUGGGCGCUGAGCUGCGCAUCGUGCUGUCCACCCUGGGAGAGAAGAUGACCGAGCCCGAGAUUGAAGCCCUCAUGACCGGCCAGGAGGACGAGAACGGCAGUGUGCACUAUGAGGCUUUUGUCAAGCACAUCAUGUCUGUGUAAGAGGCCAGCAGUAGGAGUGCUGAACAAACUGUAGCUCGCCUACAGACAGCCCAACAGUGUUCAGGACAUCUACACUGUUUCAAAGACCAACUAAGGAAAGACAAGGACUAUGUACAAGGGAUGUUGAAGCAAAUCCAUCUUGUUGUUUAUUUUGUUUUCCUUUACACUUCGUCUCAAACCCUCCUCUCUCGGGACAUCACCAUCACCUCUCUAUUGUAGACCCCUAUCACUCGGCCUCUGCUCCCCCCCCGGGGCGCGUCUCCACUCUCCGCAUGGGGUGAGGAACGGGGGAGAAGGGGUGACCACUCAUCAAGUGAGGGUAGAUCCCUCCCUUCCCACCGCCACCUCAUUCAGUCACGCCACCACUGGCCCAGCAAUGCCAAAGGUGCUGGAGAAUGGUCGUGGAUUGACCGCCAAAAGUCACCCACUUCCCCAAAAGUUGUAAUUAUUUUCACUCUGUUCAUUU